UCACACCUUCAGUCAGUGAAGCCGCUCCCACAGCCGUUUAUGAGAGUUUAAAUGCUGGGGAAUAUUCCCAUCUUCCCACAGGAGAAGAAGAAGAAAGCUGGAGGAAUUACUCCAGGAGAAACUACUGACAUACUAUUGUAAAGAUGGAGUUUAAGGAAGAACCCUGUAGAAUAAAAGAUGAAGAUACAGAGGAACAAAUAGGUUGGUAUGGAAAUGCUGUCAUUUCACAGACUGAAAAGAGUUUUACACAGAAACAAGCUGGAAAAGGAUCUUUCACCUGCUCUGAGUGUGGAAAAAGUUUUAGACAGAAAGGAAACCUCAAUCAACACAUGAAAUAUCACACUGGAGAAAAACCGUUCACAUGCACUCAUUGUGGAAAGAGUUUCAGUCGCAAAGAGGAAUUAAAUGUGCACAUGAGGAUUCACACUGGAGAAAGGCCGUUCACAUGCUCUCAGUGUGGAAAGAGUUUCAGGUGCAAAAGCACUCUCAAUGUUCAUCUGCGCCGUCACUCUGGAGUGAGAUCAUUCAGCUGUGAUCAGUGUGAUAAAACAUUUGUUUUGGCAUCAGGCUUAAGUAGACACCUUAAAAAUCAUGCCGCUGUGAAGCCUCACGUUUGUUCUUUUUGUGGAAAGAGUUUUUCACAGCUGAACUACUUAAAAGUGCAUGAGAGUAUUCAUACUGGUGUGAGACCUUAUAAGUGCUUAGACUGUGGGAAGAGUUUCACUCAGUUAAGAAACAUGAGAGAUCAUGAGAGAGUUCAUACUGGAGAGAAGCUGCACCAGUGCUCUUCAUGUGGGAAGAGUUUCACCAGUCUAUCUAAUCUUUUGGCUCAUAAGAAAAAGUAUUGCCCGGAGGUGUGUAAGUGAGCAAGUUCAGAUCCAUGACUUAUAAAUAAUUUGAUAUUCAGAUUAAGCAAAAGAUGGAAUUACCAUUUAAAAUUAGUAGUGAAGUUUGAUUGUUUGACAAGGGGAACCUUUGGGGAAGGUCAAAAUUGAUGUGUGUUGCCUUCUAAAUGUUGCUUGUUUUACAAAACCACAUAUUGGUCCUCUCUUGUAUUGCACAUUGUAUACGAGAUGAACUGAGCAGUAAUGCAACAAUGUGAAAAUCGCUAAAGCAGUGCAUGGUCAUCUCAUACAGUUGUAACAAAAAUAAUAUUUCAGAAAACUAGUGUGUUGCAAUAAAACGCUAUGAUUUAUGAAGGAAUGUGUUUUGUUUCUUUGUGGAGUUUAAUUAUUUUCACUGUACAUAUGAGGUAUUUGUGAAACAACGGCAAUAAUAGUCUAUAAAUAUCAUUCGUAUCACAAACAACUUGUUUUUAAUCUCGCUAUUUAGAGGUGAUGCGUUGAGAACAUAUUGAAGACUUUAUUGGAUUGAAAUCACUCUCUGCAUAUUGUAGAAAUGUAAAAAAAAAAAAAAAAAAAAAAAAAAUGAGAAUUUUUUUUAGGUAAAAUCAUAAUGAAUAGAUUUAAUUUAGCUUACAUUAAAUCAAAAGGUUUAACAUUGUAUUCAACAUUGAUAAUGAACCUGUAACAACUAGGGCUGGGUAUUCCCAAAGACUAUAGAAUAACACAAGAUGUGUCACUCGUAUUGUUUUGAAUGGGAGAAAGUGUAACGUGCAAUAUGGC